GGCGCGAUGGGCUGCGGCACCGCCAACGCCUUAAAACACCCUUACAAAGCAACUCCAAAAUAGAAUAACUAAAAAAAAAUCAUACAAUUGCAUCACCAGUCCUCAGAGCGACAGAAGCCCUAAAAACAAGCCCGAAACACGCUCCGCGCCGGAGCGGAGGGGGUUCGCCAGGGAGCCCUCAGAGCUGCAGGCCUCGAUGGGGCUCCCCGAGGGGCUCCCCGUGAGCGGCCACGGCCUUACCCCCUGCCCGACGCUGCCCGAGCGCUGCUGCGCCUCCCGCCGCGCCCGGCACCCGCGGGGCUGCAUCUGCGGGCGCAGGGAAGGGCCCCGGCGCUGACGGGUAUUGUGUCCUCUCCUCCGGCUCCCGUCGGUGUUGCCAUUGUGCCGCUGUGGAGCUGCCGGGCCCUGCUGGGGAAUCAGAACAGGAAUUGGGCUUUCCCCGCCUGACAGCCGCUCUUCCCCCGCCUUCUCGCGGCGGCUGCGUGGUCACCUUUCCGUUUUUCCGUGUGUGCUUUGCAGAGCACCCUGGCUUGUGAAGCGUUACCUGGUUAGCCUGGAAUAGAAGCAGGAAAGUGCAAGCCCUUCCUGGUACUAAAACGGUAUUCUUCGUCUCUCUCUGCGGUGAACUGCUCCCAGCAGCAAACUGAGAGGGCUCGCCUGGCGAUUCGGCCCUUGCAGGGAAGAUGGGAAAGGGCUACAAGGUGGUGGUUUGUGGAAUGGCCUCGGUGGGAAAGACUGCGAUUUUGGAGCAGCUUCUCUAUGGAAAGCACACUGUUGGCUUAGAAGAGGGUGCCACAAUGGAAGACGUGUACUUGGCAUCAGUGGAGACAGAUCGAGGCGUGAAGGAACAGUUGAGGCUUUAUGACACCAGGGGCCUGCAGGAGGGCGUGGAACUGCCCAAGCACUAUUUCUCUGUGGCCGACAGCUUCGUUCUGGUGUACGCUGUGACCAGCCUUGAAUCUUUCCAAAGGGUUGAACUGCUCAAAAAGGAGAUUGACGUCUUCAGAGACAAGAAGGAGGUAACAGUUAUUGUCUUGGGAAACAAAACUGACCUCCUGGAUCAAAGGCAAGUGGAAACAGAAGCAGCACAGCAGUGGGCAAGGGCUGAGAAAGUGAGACUGUGGGAAGUGACUGUGACAGAUCGGAAAUCACUGCUUGAGCCCUUCACCUUCUUAGCUAGCAAACUCUCCCAGUCCCAGAACAAAUCAACAUUUCCCUUGCCUGGAAGGAAGAGCAAAGGGAAUAACUGUGAUAAUUAAGCUACCUUACUGUUGUCUGCUGCUGCCAGGUCACAGCCUAAGUCCCUUCCAUGCCAUUUGCUUCUCGCAGUUUCACUUAAAGCAAUAAUCUCAUUCAGCAAUAAAAUCAGCAAGCUUAUGGCUAGGAGGUAUCCUUCCUUCUCAUGGACUUCACUUUAAUAAGUCACUGGCAAUAAAAGCCUUGAAAAGCACUUCAUGAGAGAAGUUACCUUGCGACAAGGGUUAUGGAGGAGGGAAGGACAGGUGGAUACCUCUCUAUGAGGGGCUUUGACUAUGCCUGGAUACAGCCAUGUUGAGGAACAAAUCAACAAGCUUAUUAAGCAAUCCCCCUACAGAUCUAUAGCCUCUAGUCACAAAUAGUACUAGCUGAAAUAAAGCAUUCAAUUUAGCAAGCGAAUGUGUUUGAAAUGGCAAACCCUGCCUUUUGUCUUGACCUUAAAACAGGGCCACAGGGUUUUGAUGCUACAGGAGGCUGAGAUCAGUGUGUUAAUGCCAGAGAAGGGUUUGGGGCUGGAGGAACAACUACCAGCAGAUUUAGAAGCUGAAGUGUCUGGAAGAAAAACAAACAAACAAAACAACCCCAAGUCUUGUGGGAGAUACUAGAACAGAUGUACCUUGAUAUGAAGCUUGUCACCAAAGUCUGGCAAGUAGUGCUUUCAGCUCAAGAAUUUUUUUGUACAAACCAGAAAAGCUCUCAGAGCUCUCAUUAAUUUAACCGUGACCUGAAGGACAACAUAGCUGUACAUGAUUUUGUUCCAGCUUGUCCAGUACAAAUCAGUCACAUUCACAUAGGUGAUAAUUUUACUGAGAAAUUACACAGAGCAAUGUUGUACGCAGGCCCAGGCUCUGCUUGGUGCAUUGCAUAAUACUCCUACCCAGCUGCUCAGCCAAGCUGCAGUAAUCCACCCUCAUAGGGAGCUCUGGGACAGAUAACUGGUACAAAGUGCUGCACUGCUUUGUGAGAGGGGGCUUGGGAGUGUGGGAGGCUGCCUUUUGGGGACAGCCCCAUGGCAAAUGCCCAGAAAUACCUGCAGAAAAUCUCCUUGGUCUCAAUCUGCCACACUGUGCAGCAGCAAGAGCACAACUGUAUAUGCUGUGUUUGACUCUCCAUGCUGGUAAACCUGUGCUGCAGGAAUCUGCUGUCCUGGGUCAGGCUGCCAGUGAGCUAAACAAAAUGGGACACAGAGGGACAGAAUGAGCAACCAUUCUCAGACAGAGUGGGCAGCUUUUGGUCUCCAAUAGCCUCUUAUUUAAACAGAUAAUAGCUUUUCCUCGUAUUUGGAAACAAGGGUAGGGAGGAGGAGUGGAGUACCCAGUUCGUUCAUUUUCUACUAAAUUAAUGUUGUUUUGAACAAAUAUCGAGAAUUUCACUGUGAGUCAGCAAAACCACAAGCAAUAUUUGCCCUGUCAUAUCAUAACUUCUAAACACUAAGUGUGCUUAAUGAUCACAAUUAAACUGUGUGCUUGCCCUUCCUGAAUACUGACAAAUAAAGUUCGUCAGCAUUACUAAUGUCAAAGCAGCAGUACAAUUCACUAAAAAUUA